AUGCCAUUCGGCGUUCCUUUCGCUGUGCUGCUGGGUGGCGCGCUAUUCGUGAUUGGACUGUACAUCGAUCAGCUGAAUGCUGUAUUUGACCAGCCGACGCUUCGGCAGGCGCUUGCUACGUGUAUCGAUCUGACCUGGUUACCCAAACCGUGGCCACUGAAUCUAGAUCCACUCUUUGAAGGGUCGGAUGCUCUUCCAGAGUAUGCUGUCUGCGCUCAAAGACCUUCCACUUGGUUGACUGCUUUGCUGGCUCGCUAUGAGAUCAAUGUGCCUAUAGCCGACUAUCCCGCCGGUACCAUUUACACAUCAGAUCCCACGAUGCCGACUGCAGAAUGCUUCCUCGUCUCAGAUGGAGCGUUUGCUGCUGUUGGAAGUGCUGACCGUAUACGAAACUUGUGGCGAGAGAACCGCCCGAAUGAGGACUUGAAAACAUUCUACACACCCAGAGGCGCAAUCAUCACACCCGGCCUGACUGAUGCACACGCACACACCCUGCAAUGGGGCUUCAAAGAGCAGCUGCCCUUAGCCGGUAGUCGGUCAAUCAAAGAGAUCAUACAGAAGAUUGAAGCUUAUGUGCGCUCUCACCCCGAGGUUGAGGCAGAUCGCUCUCGCUGGAUCCGCGGCCUGGGUUGGGAUCAAACGCGGUUCGAGGAAGGCCGUUGGCCGACAGCUGCAGACCUGGAAUCUUCACCGCUUCUCGCCGGUCGGCGCAUUGCUCUUGUACGCGUCGACGUACAUGCAACUUGGGUUUCUCAAGCGGUACUCGACAUGCUGCCUAAUCCACUACCGCUCUCAGACGAGGAGAUCGAAAAGAACGGCGGGAAGGUCAUGCGUGGACCUGAUGGAGCUCUUUCCGGUGUGUUCGUAGAUACUGCUGAGGCACUGCUUCCGCUACCACCUCCCAGCCCGGAAGAGAAACGGGCGUGGUUCGAGCUCGCAGCACGCGACGCAUUGAGCGUGGGUCUGGUUGGCAUUCACGAUGCGUUUGCCGAUGCCGCCGAUGUUGGCUUUUACAAAGGACUCGCAGACGAGGGCAAGCUUCCUCUGAGGAUGUACCUGAUGGGCACGCUUCCAUCAGAACCCAUACCGACGUCCCUCACUUCACCGACGAACACGUCGUCUCCCUCCGAAUGGCCGCACCUCCCGCGAUUGCACGGAUACGGCCCUCAAUCUCACUUGACUCUCCGCGGCAUCAAGCUUUUCGCAGACGGUGCACUCGGAAGCUUCGGCGCGGCAUUGCUAGAACCCUACAGCGAUGACUCGACCACAUCAGGGCUGAUGAGAACUAAUCCCGAGGUUCUUAGAAGUCAGAUAGAGGCGCUAGCGGAGAGAGGAUGGCAGGUCAACACGCACGCCAUCGGAGAUCGUGCGAAUCAAGUGGUGCUGGACGUCUACGAGGAUGUGUUGACGAAGAAAGGCAUGAGGGCAGAAGAGUGGAGACCACGCAUCGAGCAUGCUCAGAUUAUGACCCCUGCGGACCUCGAACGUAUCGGAAGGCUGGGUGUGAUACCGAGUGUACAGCCUACGCAUGCGACGAGCGACAUGGGGUAUGCGGAGUCGCGUCUAGGUCCCGACAGGAUCAAGGGUGCAUACGCGUACAAGACGUUGUUGAGCAACUCUCGACGCUCGAUCAUGCCGUUGGGAAGCGACUUCCCAGUGGAGGGCAUCAACCCUCUGCUGGGCUUCUACGCCGCGGUAUCGCGGCUUGACACAGAGGGGAACUCGCCGCACGGGAUUGGCGGGUGGUACCCCGAACAAAAGCUCUCGCGCGCAGAGGCGCUCGCGGGCAUGACGACCUCGGCCGCGUACGCUUCCUUCGCAGAAGACGUACACGGUGCCAUUCGGGUCGGACUGAAAGCUGAUUGGGUGAUGUGGGAUCGUGACAUUAUGCAAGUGCCCGUGGAGGAGAUCCUGCAGGCGAAGGUGCGGGCUACGGUUGUGGAUGGGGAGAUCGAAUACGGGGAGAUGUAUCUAUGCGGGAUGUGGGCGAUUGGAUGCCGUGGGUAUUAG